AUGAAGAAUGUCAUGAUGGAAAAAUACAUGGAACAGAAUCCACCAGUACAAGAUCAGUCAUUCAAAAGUGACAGGGAACCUGAAGAGGAAGCUGAAGAUGCAGCUCUUUGGAUUGAUGAAGAAGAUAGCAGGGAAAACCGGGAAAAUCAUCUGAUCCCAAAACCACAACAGCUGAGUUUGAGUAAAACAAUGCAAAUUGAUACAGGUGAACCCCUGGCUAAGAAGCCAAAGCUAUAUGAGGAAUUUUUAGCAUCAAGAAAAACAGCAAAGGCUCUUUCAGAGCUUCUUGGCACAACCAAAGAUGUUAUGUUAUAUGAAAAACUUUAA